CCCUCCGUCCACGACCGCUAUUUCGACAGAAUUGCAAUUUUUGUGAAACCGCGCGUAGAUAAAAGGAAAAAUGAGCAUGCAAGGAUGGAUCAAGGAAGAGCUCUCCAAGUGCUUGUGCUUCGAGAUUCCGGAUGCGAUGAUAAGCUACAUCUGCAGCAUCCGGGAAGGCAAUGCAAUCGACGAAUACUUCCGUUCGCUGCUGGAUUUCAACAAUCCGGAACAUGUAAAGUUCCUGGGCGAUCUGAAGCGCCGAAUGGGAACCCGUCCCGGCACACAGCCAUCCUCCAAACAGACCUCGUCAGCUGCUUCGUCUGGAAAGCAGAAAAAGCAGGCCGAUCCGCCUCAGCAAAAGCAGUCACAGCAGCAAGCGAAAGGAGGAAAGGCAGCACCGGCAGUGCCUACUAGUAGCAGCAGCAAUGCCCCAACCCAACCAGACCCAAAACCAGUUGCUGGUGGAUCGAAAAAGAAGCAAAAGUUUGUCUCACUGUACGGUGAGAAUGGGGAGCUAAAGAAUGUGGUGAAGCUAAAGGGACGGCACCAUUGUGACUGCCAGGCGGUGAAGCACAAGCUGAUCAACAACUGUCUGCACUGUGGCCGGAUCGUGUGCGAACAGGAGGGCAGUGGACCGUGUCUGUUCUGCGGAUCGUUGGUGUGCACGGCCGAAGAGCAACAGCUGAUCGAUGCGGCAUCCCGCAAGGGCAACCAGCUAAAGCGUUCGCUGAUGGAGCAGGAACGGCCGAAUGGUUGGGCGGAAGCGCUGGCCACCCGUAACCGGUUGCUCGAGUACGAUCGGAACAGUGCGCGCCGAACGGCCGUGAUCGACGAUGAGUCCGAUUACUUCCGCACGAACUCCGUUUGGCUGAACGAUGCGGAGCGAACGAAGCUAGAGCAGCUGGAGGAGGAACUGCGAGAGCAGAAACAUGCCAGCCGGCUGUCGCGCAAGAUAACGUUCGAUUUUGCGGGCCGCCAAGUGAUCGAGGAACCGGCGUUGACAGAGGAAGUCGAGGACGCCAUUCUGCGCUCCGUGGAUGAAACUCUGUCCGGGAAACCGAAGAUGAAAUCGAAAUCCAAAGGAGAAAAUGGCCAGGAAGCGGCAGAGCAACCGAUCUCUACCGAUGGCACGAGCACCCAUCCCAAGCUGAUCGGACCAGCCCCGCUGUUUGUCGAAUCUGGCAACUGUACCGCACCGCAGGGCUUUCGACCGAGCAACGGAUUCGAUGGAGUGUACAGUCGAUUGCAGGAUAAGCAGUUUCUUGAGAUGUCCGAUCUGCGGCAUUGCUUGUCGAUGCAUCAACCGUGGGCAUCGUUGCUGGUGGCCGGUAUCAAACGGCACGAGGGUCGCACCUGGUACUCGUCCCAUCGGGGCCGCCUAUGGAUUGCAUCCACCGCCAAACCAGUCUCUCCAGAGAUGGUCCAGGAACUGGAGGACUUCUAUCGUCGCCAAUACCCAGAGGAGAAGCUGGAAUUCCCUACCCAGUAUCCUGCCGGUUGUCUACUUGGUUGUGUCACCGUACAAGACUGUCUGCCACAGGAAGAGUACCGGAAGCAGUACCCCAACGGGGAAUCCGACAGUCCGUACGUUUUCAUCUGUACGGAUGCACAGGAGCUACCGAUACGGUUUCCCGUUAAGGGAGAUCACAAGAUAUAUAUGUUGGAGAGCAAAAUACAUCAAGCUGCUGUGAAAUCCCUGCAGAGGCUGGCCCCAAGUGGAUGAAUGAGCAUCGAGAGGAACGAUUGGCUGGCGCAAUAGUUCGUUUAAAAAGUGGAAAACUAUCUGAUAUACGUUCCCUAUGCAAUAAAUGUUAUUCUAUGAUACCGUUCAUAUGUUCUCUAA